AUGUCCUCCAAACCUUCUGUCCUUCAUUUAGGCGACCCACCUCGCUGGCAUGCAGACCUAUACAAGAAACUCGAGUCACACUUUACCAUCAUUCGCCCUUCAGCAGAAGAACGUGAACGAUCUGCCUUCCUCACAGCCCUCAAGGAAAAGCGAUGGGGCAACUUCGUAGCCGUCAUGCGACCAUUCUGGAACACAGGAGGAGAGAUGGGAAGAGUUGAUAGAGAACUGAUCUCUUUGCUUCCAGAUAGUGUCAAGGUGUAUGCAUCUGCUGGUGCAGGCUUUGAUUGGGUAGAUACCGACAUUCUUGCUGAAANNAAGGUACAGACUUAUUUUAUACGUCCUCUACACAGACAUGUUGUGCUAAUAUUGAUGAUAGGAAUCAUCUACUGCAACGGUGCAGCAGCAUCUUCAGACUCGGUAGCUGAUUCGGCACUUUUCCUCAUCAUCUCUACAUUCCGCAAUCUCGCUUGGUCUCAAAUCGCCGCUCGCUCAGGAAACCCAGACGAACUCUUCGACGCCCACAAGAACUCUCCCAUAACAGCUAUUAACCCUGCUGGCAGGAUCCUCGGCAUCGUUGGUUUAGGCAACAUUGGCUACAGAAUUGCUCAGAAGGCUUAUCUCGGCUUGAAUAUGAAAAUCGCCUACCAUGAUCUGUUCCGCAAAUCAAAAUCCGUGGAAGAGGCAGUCGGUGCUACCUUCUAUGACACACUUGACGAGAUGUUGGGAGCUGCCGACUGCAUCAUCGUCGCAACACCGUUCUCCGGAAAACAGCUCUUCACGGCCGAGAAGUUCAAGAAGUUCAAGCGUGGCAGUCGUCUCAUCAAUAUUGCACGCGGUCCCUUGGUCAACGAAGCUGAUCUUGUGGAAGCGCUCAAGUCGGGCCAGCUGAGUGCUUGUGGGUUAGACGUGUUUGAGAACGAGCCGCAUGUCAACAAGGAGUUGUGUGGACUCAAGCAAGCAACUUUGACGGCACAUACAGCGGGUGGCACUAUUGAUACACACAUCGGAUUUGAGGAGUUGUGCUAUAAGAAUGUGUUGGGAGCUUUGUUGGAAGGCAAGGCUAUCAGUCCGGUGAACUUGCACCUGAUCAAGGCUGGGAAGAGUAAGUUGUAG